AACCUGUUCUUCUUCUUCCUCUCUGUUGUAUGUUACUCCGCUAUCCCGAUCUCGAUAAAUCCACCAUGUUAAAAAGCAGUGUCAAGAGCACGCUCGUACUCAGUGUCACACUGUCCUUCAACCGGCAGCCACAUAUUUAUGUAAAUGUAAACUGUUCGCGAAACUGUGAAGUUCCCGAUGGGAGGGUAUCGACUCGACGUCUUUUGGUGACAUACUUUCCACCUUUUUAAGGCGGAACUCUAAGUUUGGCGACAAAAUCGACGACCCCUUGGAAGCAUCGAUCCCUUUCAGAAUAAUUUUCGUCGGUUUUUGCGGAAUAUUAUAUUUUUGGAACGUGUGCUGCGCAUUUCCCGCGAGUCGGCGACUCGCGAAAAGAAAAAAAAGCAUCGCAUUUUGAGAAAACUCGGGGGCUUGUUUUUUAAAUGACUCCGUUCUUAAGUUCGGUGUCGCAGUGGGGGUCAUUGGGAGCGUUGUUCGGCGACAAAGUAAUUUCGAAUCGCUGGAAACAAGAAUUUUGAACGAAACGAAAAAAGGAUCGCCGAAGGAUUUAACCACUCGCGCAACUGGCAACCGACUGCGGACCAUAACGAGCGACCAAAAACCACCGUGAAACAACAAUUCGUCGCCCUCUGUUUGAACUCGUCGGCAUGAUAAUAGAAAUCACUGGAAAUAGAAAUGAUCGAGAAGUAAUAAAUUUAUUAUUUGCUUCGCCUAUUUUAUUUGACUUAAGACUGAGACAAUAUUAUAUUACAAUUUUGCGACGAAAAAUAUUCUCGACGUGCGUGACACCACGCCAUUCCAGCGCAAGAGGUCAAACGAAUUAUGUUUCUACAGUUGAAAGAGUAUCUCUACGACUACGAACAUUGGCGGCGAGAUUUCGAUGUACGAAGAAAUAUUUCUGAUUAAACUUUCGCAAGUGAAAUUUGUUUCGUUCACUAAUACAGUCGGUUCGAUCGAUCACGAUUAAAGUUUCAGCGACCUAUUUACAAACUGUGUUAGUUUUACGUUGGACGAUUCUUGUGAAACGAAGAUUCGAACGAACACAGUAUGAAAUCGUGUGACCACCAGACAGUCGAAGCAACGAGAUCACAAUCAUAUCCGGGGAUUCUAGAUGCAUGACGGUUAUUUAGACGAGAAGAAGAUUCUAGACUGCACGGUGUAUUCAGCGUUGUUGGAAAAGUAGACGAUCGACCAGAGAACAUCGGAGAAAUAGAAAAUGGGCAUUGAAAGCGUCGUAGCGGGAGGCUUGACCUCGGCAUCGAGCGGACUUUCAUGGUUCUUCCCGGUUCUCGCAGCGGCCCUCGUCUACUUCCAGUACGAAGUGUUGGACAACGAGGCACCACCGAUUAACAUACCGUCCGAAGUGCUGUUACCCUCUUACGACUUCAUUGUUGUUGGAUCUGGUUCAGCAGGCGCCGUGGUAGCGAGUCGCCUGUCUGAGAUUGAAAACUGGAACGUGCUUCUGCUGGAAGCUGGUGGCGACGAAACGGAAAUCUCUGACGUUCCUCUACUUGCUGGUUAUCUGCAGCUCAGCCAGCUCGAUUGGCAGUACAAGACAGAACCCGACGGACAUGCCUGUUUAGCAAUGAACGAAGGCCGCUGCAACUGGCCACGUGGGAAAGUGAUCGGCGGCAGCAGCGUGCUCAACUACAUGCUCUACCUCCGCGGCAACAAGAAGGACUACGAUGCUUGGGAGCAGCUAGGCAACCCCGGCUGGUCGUACCAAGACAUCCUGCCCUACUUCAAAAAAUCCGAGGACAACCAAAACCCUUACCUAGCACGAACGCCCUAUCAUUCCACCGGUGGCUACCUCACCGUUCAAGAGGCACCGUGGCACACUCCAUUGGCCGCGGCGUUCGUUCAAGCUGGCCAGGAGAUGGGCUACGAGAACAGAGACAUCAACGGAGAGCAGCAAACCGGUUUCAUGAUCGCUCAGGGCACCAUCAGACGCGGCAGUCGUUGCUCCACGGCGAAGGCGUUCCUCAGGCCUGCCAGGCUGCGCAAGAACCUGCACGUGGCCAUGCACGCGCACGUCACCAAGAUCCUGAUCGACCCAAAGUCGAAGAGAACGUACGGAGUGGAGUUCGUCAGGGAUUCGAAGGUGAUCCGGAUCCGGGCGAGGAAGGAGGUGAUCGUCUCGAGUGGAGCGAUCAACAGCCCCCAGCUGUUGAUGCUGUCCGGAAUCGGACCUAGGGAGCACUUGCUGGGACACGGGAUACCGGUGAUCCAGGACCUGAGAGUUGGCCAGAAUCUGCAGGACCACGUCGGCCUGGGUGGCCUGACGUUCAUGGUGAACAGAAAGGUGUCGAUGGUGGAGAAGAGGCUGCACAGCGUUCACGCGGUGAUGCAGUACGCGAUCUUCGGCGACGGGCCGUUGACAGUUUUGGGCGGCGUCGAGGGGCUUGGCUUCGUCAACACCAAGUACGUGAACGCCUCGGACGACUUCCCGGACAUCGAGCUGCACUUUAUAUCCGGCUCGACCAACUCGGACGGCGGCAGGCACAUCAGGAAGAUCCACGGGCUGUCGAAGAGGUUCUACGACGCGGUGUUCAGGCCGAUCAACGACAAGGACGUGUGGAGCGUGAUACCGAUGCUCCUCCGGCCGAGGAGCAAAGGCGUGAUCAAGCUACGCAGCAACAACCCGUUCGAUCAUCCGCUGAUCUAUCCGAACUACUUCGAGCAGCCGGAGGACAUAGCAACGCUGGUCGAAGGGGUGAAAAUAGCGAUCGCUAUGAGCAGAACCAGGUCGUUCAGGCGAUUCGGCAGCGAGCUGAACUCGAAGCAGUUCCCCGGUUGCAAGCACUUAACGAUGUACAGCGAUCCUUACUGGGAGUGCAUGAUCAGGCAUUAUUCGGCGACUAUUUAUCAUCCGGUGGGCACAUGCAAGAUGGGCCCCUACUGGGACCCAGAGGCAGUGGUCGAUCCUCAGCUGAGAGUCUACGGGAUCGGUGGACUUCGAGUGGUCGAUGCGUCUAUCAUGCCAAAUUUAGUCAGCGGUAACACGAACGCGCCGGUUAUUAUGAUCGGUGAGAAGGCUUCGGACAUGAUCAAGGAGUUCUGGCUGAAGAGGAGAGGCCGGGGAUGAGCGUUAACUGUUCUUGAAGUGAUAAUUGUUGAUCGAUACGGAUUAGAUACGAUUGUUUACGAUUUUUUCUUUUUUUUUAAUGCUUGUGUAUGUGAGGAUUCGAGCCUGUUGGUGAAAAUAUUGAUACAAUAGAGCUUUACCGACGAUUAAAAUAUAAUAUUUGUGGCAAUUAAAAUAAAAUACAGAG